GCCCGGCCCGGCCGCGGAUCAGGUAGGCACGGGCCUGCAGGUAGGGCCGGAGGACGCCAGUCCGCGGGCCGGCCCCGGGUUCGAGGCCGGAGCUCGGCACCCGGGCGGGACGGCUGGGCUCGAUUCCUUGGCCACAGCCUUCUCGGGGACGCGGGGACCUCAGUUCCCGUGUCAAGGCCGGUGGGAGGUCUCCGGGGUCCGGCACACAUAGGCGCCUCUCCGAGCCUCGGUUUCCCCACCUGUGAAACUGGGUCAUCCCAUUGCCAACCUGAUGGGGCGUCUGGGAGGAUUCAGGAGGUGGCUGGUGCAGAAAACGCCUGACACACAGUAGGCAACUGCUAAGUGGCCAAUGCCCUUCCCCAACCUCCUUCUCAGAGCGGCUCUGCCUGCAAAAUAGCUCCUGGAACCAUGGGCCUCAGGCCCUGAGGAUACAGGGCUCCCGGUGGCCAUGACGACGGGUGACUGCUGCCACCUCCCCGGCUCCCUGUGUGACUGCUCCGGCAGCCCUGCCUUCUCCAAGGUCGUGGAGGCUACGGGCCUUGGACCGCCCCAGUAUGUGGCACAGGUGACUUCAAGGGAUGGCCGGCUCCUCUCCACCGUCAUCCGUGCCUUGGACACACCGAGUGACGGUCCCUUCUGCCGGAUCUGCCAUGAGGGAGCGAACGGGGAGUGCUUGCUGUCCCCGUGUGGCUGCACCGGCACGCUGGGUGCCGUGCACAAGAGCUGUCUGGAGAAGUGGCUUUCCUCAUCUAACACCAGCUACUGCGAGCUGUGCCACACGGAGUUUGCAGUGGAGAAACGGCCUCGACCCCUCACAGAGUGGCUGAAGGACCCGGGGCCGCGGACGGAGAAGCGGACACUGUGCUGCGACAUGGUGUGUUUCCUGUUCAUCACGCCGCUGGCCGCCAUCUCAGGCUGGUUGUGCCUGCGCGGGGCCCAGGACCACCUCCGGCUCCACAGCCAGCUGGAGGCCGUGGGUCUCAUUGCCCUCACCAUCGCCCUCUUCACCAUCUAUGUCCUCUGGACGCUGGUCUCCUUCCGCUACCACUGCCAGCUGUACUCCGAGUGGAGAAAGACCAACCAGAAAGUUCGCCUGAAGAUCCGGGAGGCGGACAGCCCCGAGGGCCCCCAGCAUUCUCCACUGGCGGCUGGACUCCUGAAGAAGGUGGCGGAGGAGACACCAGUAUGAAUGCUGGGCUCUCCGGUCCCUGCAGCAGAGAGGCCAGAGGUAGCUGGCGAUACCCUGUCCUGUGGAAGGACUUCCACUUCAACACUUCCCGCACGGCCUGAACGCUUCUUAGGCCAAGAGACACCACGCGGAGCCUAGUCUGUGAUCCUGUGUGAAGAUAUUUUCAGGGUUUUUUUUUUUUUUUUUGCAUAUGGAGGACAGGUGGACAUGGUCCUGAGCUCUGGACGGAGCAGGCACCCUGAUCUCAUUCUGAGGUCCACAUGGCACCUUCUGGGCCAGCAGCUGUGGCCGGUGUAUCAAGGGCGCCCUUAAAGCUGGAACAUUCCAGCAAGCUUCUUGCGCUUCUCUGCACCCGGCAGGCCCACUUUCCUGGCACCCUCGACUUUAUAUAAAAGUUGCACUGCGUUUCAAAAACCCACCCCUGAAUGAAUAAAAGGAGCCCUGGCUGGACAAAA